UGAAGCCUUCAUGUCUGGUUUAGUAUCCAUUUAAUAUCAUUGCUCGCAAUUGCCUUCAAAAGGUUGAAGGUGCAAUACAGAUCACGUAACUUUGAACUAAUGUAUUCACCGAAUCAUUACAUUGGUACUCUAAAGAUUUGAAGAUAUUCUUAAUUCUUUCGUGUUCAUUUUUCUUUCUUUUUUUCCUUCUUUACUUCUUCUCAGAAGCCGAGAUGUGGCCAAGAUCAGUGACGAGAUUUGGCGGAGUUUUAGUUGGUAUAGUUAUUGGUUCAGGCGUUGUAGGUCUAUUGGUCGCAUGGACGAAUAAAGGCUUUUACAUGACGACACCAACGCCUAGGAUAACACCUGAUGAAUCAAACUCCCAGAACAACUUGUACAAAGCUUAUGGUCACGUGCACACCAUCUUGUUUUUCAUUGGUUAUCCACGCAGUCGUCACAGUCUCCUGGGAUCGCUGCUGGAUGCUCACCCGCACAUGGUUGUUUCGGACGAGUCAAUGGCUUUCCCUAGAUGGAAAGGAAUCCUGAAAAGCAAAAGAAAUGUUUCGGUUUACCAAUUUUAUGACACAUUGUUUGGAGCCUCAGAGCGUGCAGUAACACAAGGCAGAAGGUCACGUGUGCAAAAAGGCAGCGUGGUAAACAGGACCUCUGAAUAUAGUUAUCGUGUACCGCACCAGUGGCAGGGGAGCUAUGACCAUCACAUUGAGGUCAUGGGCGACAAAUCUGGGGCCUUUACAGCGAGAGCGAUGAGAGACGACGAUGCUUUAGACGCUGUCCACCUUUUAGAGCAAGCUUCUGGCGCCGAGGUGAAGUUUAUCCAUGUUGUGAGAAACCCAUUCGAUAACAUCGCAACCAUGACUCUUCAGGAGGAGGGAAUUAAUAAACGAGAUGGAACACACGAAACCAAGGUUGAUGCCCCGGACGUAGUUGAUCAAAAUAUAUACCGGUAUUUCGGCUGGGCUGAAGGAAGCAACAAAGCCAGAGAAGCCCUACCGGGCCAGGUCAUUGAUAUAUCAAGCAUAGAAAUUGUCAAGAACGCCGCGGAAACCCUAAGAAAAAUUUGUGAAUUCCUGGAAAUCACGUGCACAGAACAAUAUCUCCAGGACUGCGCGGCCACUGUCGACCCAGUCCCCUCGAUAACACGUGACUUUAUAACAUGGACGGCUGAGCAAAAAACUAGAGUAUACGAGGAGAUGAAAAAAUACUCGUUUUUUACUGGUUAUUCUUAUGAACAAUGAGUUUUCCACUUGUUUUGCAGCCUAGUUCUUUUUUUAAAGUUUUGUGCAGUCCAAAACUAUUACCUUAGAUCUGCAUAGCAAGGUCUAAAAUAAAUAAAAUAAAUAAAUAAAUAAAUAUAAAUUUCCUCUAAAACUGGACGAGUAGCCAGGAUAAGACAUAUUCAAAAUUGAAAUAGUCUAAAUAGUUUUAAAAAAAUAGUUUAAAAUUACAAGAGCUUUCGAUUGCCAGUCUGCAAUCUUUGACAAAUAGAAAGACAAUCUUUGACACUCUUUGUCAAAUAUUGCAGACUGGCUGGUAAUUUUAAACUAAUUUAAUUUAGCAAAAAUGCAAAAGUUCGCUUCUGAUCGGCCGAACUUUUGCUCAUUUCAGACGCAAAUAGGUCAAUUUGACAGAUUCAUAGGGAAAGAAGAGAGUUUGAAAUUAAAUUGUGGUUUUCUUUAACCAGAUAACGUUUUUUUUUAAAAUUUUGAAUACAGCCAUUGUCUCGUUUUAUAAGUUCGUGAAGAGUUGGGAAAUCGAGUGGAUUUCAAUUAAAAAGCAAAACCACGAAACGCGAAGGCAUUUCUUGAUGAACGUAAAAUUGCUUGACAGGUAGUAUCAUUAAUAUCAAUACGCUACGUUAAAGACACUUGGUUAACAAGCUUCUAGCUUAGGGUAGUUAGCAGCUGGUGGUUGGAUUGAAGGGUGUUUUGAUAACAGAACAUAAUUACAAUGUGAUGUAGACCCUUCUGUUUUCGUUAGCUGAGGUUACGCCUUGAAUGAUAACCAUGCCUUAGAAACUAACGAACGCAAAGGUAAGGAUGUGCCACGCUCUUUGCACGGCUAACAGAGUGUAAAAUACAGGGCAACAAGUAAAACAGUAACCCUCAGUUAGAUUGAAUCAUGUACAUAUUAAGCUAUUUAAAUACCGUUUUUUUUUUCGUUUCGCCUGACCAGAAGAACUACUGUUGUUAUAGAGAAUCGAAUUAAUCUGUUUGCUUACUUAGUAAAAUGUUAACAUACAUUAAGUUUAAAUUUAAAAUCUCCGUUUUCUUUUUUGUUUUUUUUGUUUUUUUUGGUUCCCUUUUUGAAAGCUCAUACACAUGUUCGCGUCUCUUGUGUUAAUUUGCAGUUACUUAUAUAAUUAACAAGUGCAUCCUCUUUUAUUGAGACGACGUUUACACUAAUUUCUGUCGUGUUUUGUCGAUGAAGCUAGUUAUCUUAAAGAGGUUACGAUGCGAUUUGCGCAUCCUUAAUUUGUCAAGUUCGUCGUUCGUAAUCCAUGUCAAUCCUCUCCAUCCUUAACCAUCCUUGUUUCUUUAUGGUUUAUUAUUCUCGUUGGUGUUUUCUAUCUUAGUAA